UUGGCUCCCUGUUACAUAUCUGCCGAGCUGCCUGAAAGACUCUGAAAUGACAAUAGGGAGCAUGGAGAACGUGGAGGUCUUCACUUCUGAGGGCAAAGGCAGGGGUCUGAAGGCCACUAAGGAGUUCUGGGCUGCGGACGUCAUCUUUGCUGAGCGGGCUUACUCCGCAGUGGUUUUUGACAGCCUUGUUAACUUCGUGUGCCAUACCUGCUUCAAGAGGCAGGAGAAGCUUCAUCGCUGUGGACAGUGCAAGUUCGCCCACUACUGUGACCGCACCUGCCAGAAGGAUGCUUGGCUGAAUCACAAGAAUGAGUGUUCGGCCAUCAAGAGAUAUGGGAAGGUGCCCAAUGAGAACAUCAGGCUGGCGGCCCGCAUCAUGUGGCGAGUGGAGAGAGAAGGCACCGGGCUCACUGAGGGCUGCCUGGUGGCUGUGGAUGACCUGCAGAACCACGUGGAGCAUUUUGGGGAGGAGGAGCAGAAGGAGCUGCGGGUGGACGUGGACACUUUCUUACAGUACUGGCCACCCCAGAGCCAGCAGUUCAGCAUGCAGUACAUCUCCCACAUCUUCGGCGUGUCACUUUGGAAAUGUGAUUCUUCCUUUUCCCUGAUAUGUCAUGAGGCAGUGAAAUCCAUGUUUCACACCCAGAUGAGAAUUGAGCUCCGGGCCCUGGGCAAGAUCUCAGAAGGAGAGGAACUGACAGUAUCCUAUAUCGACUUCCUUAACGUCAGUGAGGAGCGCAAGAGGCAGCUGAAGAAGCAGUACUACUUUGACUGCACGUGUGAGCACUGCCAAAAAAAGCUGAAGGAUGACCUCUUUCUGGGGGUGAAAGACGACCCAAAGCCCUCGCAGGAAGCCGUAAAGGAAAUGGUACAGUUGUCCAAGGAUACACUGGAAAAAAUUGACAAGGCUCGCUCUGAGGGUUUAUACCAUGAGGUUGUGAAAUUGUGCCGGGAGUGCCUGCAGAAGCAGGAGCCAGUGUUUGCCGACACUAACCUCUACACGCUGCGGAUGCUGAGCACUGUUUCGGAGGUCCUCUCCUACCUCCAGGCCUUCGAGGAGGCCUCAUACUAUGCCAAGAGGAUGGUGGAUGGCUAUAUGAAGCUCUACCACCCCAACAAUGCCCAGCUGGGCAUGGCCGUGAUGCGGGCAGGGCUGACCAACUGGCAUGCUGGGAACAUUGAGGUGGGGCAUGGGAUGAUCUGCAAAGCCUAUGCCAUACUCCUGGUGACGCACGGACCCUCCCACCCGAUCACCAAGGACUUAGAGGCCAUGCGGAUGCAGACGGAGAUGGAACUGCGCAUGUUCCGCCAGAACGAGUUCAUGUACCACAAGAUGCGUGAGGCUGCCCUCAACAACCAGCCCAUGCAGGUCAUGGCUGAACCCAGCAACGAGCCAGCCCCGGCUCUGUUCCAUAAGAAGCAAUGAGGACCUGUCUGGUGGGGGAGGGCCACUGGGGCUGGGGGCCUGGGGAGCUAUUCUGGAGGUGGUGGACUUCUGGGAAGACCCUUGAUGAGGAAGUCAGGGUAGUGUUCACGCUUGUUGCCAUGGGAGUGUAUUGCUUUGUGUUCCUAAGUCCAUUUUGGUUCAUUUAAACUCAGCUCAAUUCAACUGAACUCUACCCUAGCCCAGCCUAGCCCAAUUUUUCCUAUAAAUAUUUAUUGGGUGGUAUGCUCUAGGGAUAAAGAAGCUUCACAUGUAGCUAGCUGGGCAGCCAAAAUGUAAACAAUUAAAGCACAGUAUAAGAAUAAAUGCAAUGGUAAACUAUAUGGGGGGGGUACAGUGGAGGCAUAUAGCUGGUGUGUGGUGUCUGAGUGUGUGUGUGUGUAUUGGGAGGAGUGUCACAGAGGAGAUGAUAUUUGAGCUGAGAAGGGGAGAGGGUGGCAGGUGCCUAGAGUCUCAGGUGGCUACUCACCCACCUGUGCAGGUAUCUCAGGGACUGCUGGUCUUACUCGUGGUCUGGAAAACCCAGGUCUUGUCUGACUAGGAUGGAAGAUGUCCAAUUUCUUUAGAUUAGUGUAGGGUUAAAAAGAAGGGGCAAUGUUUGGGCCAUUUGGGUUCUACUCAGAGAACCAAAACCUCGUAGUAAAUAUGAGGAUGAGAUGAAUGUGCAGAAACAGGUGGGGCUUUGCCCAAACCACUCAAGGCCUCAGUUUAAAGUCUGGAUUCCAAGCAUUAUUCUGAAACUAUUUCUAAAAUACGUGGAGGGAGUGUCUCCUUCUCUCAUCCUCACUGUUAAGCCUGAUUCCCUGUGAUAUGGGUCCCACUUGGACAAUAUCUGAGAUUUUCUUGGCCCCUGGCCAACGAGGAUUGAAGUCUUAGCAGGGUGAAGCUGAGGGAGAAGCUUUGAAACACACAUACCCGAUGGUCAUGGGUUCAGCAGAAUUGGUUUUGGGGGGUUUUAUUUGGUUACAUGUACCUGGACAGUCUUUACUGGGUUAGAUAUCAUCAUAGGCCCCCAGUAAAUCUCUAUUCUUAGUAAGGGAUAAUUAUGAUUUCUCUUGAUUCAUUUCUCUCACUGCUCAUCCCUUAAGGCCUCUGCUUUUCUCACAAGGAGGAAUGGCUUAUCCAGACCCUGCAUGCCUAGGUUAGGAUCUCCUUGGAGAUGUGACCAGCUUGCCAGGUUUCCACCCAAGAGCUAGGGUCUUGGGAUCAGCCAAAUCUAGUUGUGCCAUUACCUUCUGGGGUCCUAAACUUCUCACCAAUGUUUUGGGGGAAUCCUAGAGCAAAGCUCUCCAUUUGGAGAGUGUUGCCAAUGCCACCCUUGACCCAAGAACUCUAGCUACCUUCUUGAAGUGAUCCCACCAGACCCCAUAUUUGUCAUCUCUGCCUAAUCUCUGCCUAAAGUGUUGGUUUCUCCAUCCCUACGUUUUCAUCCUCAGAACCACCCACUGCCUCCCUCUUAGCCUUUCCAGUGAGUCUACAAAUAUGCCAAAAAACUGUCCAAAAGUUCUUUGAAUGUGCUAUGUCUUGGCAGAAUAUUCAUAUCUGGUAUUUGGCUCUUCUUCAAGGAUGCCCCCUUCUCUAGAAGCUUUCACAGGAAGAUCGGCCGUUCUUCCAAGCCUUCGUACUAACAGAUCUGACGAUGGCACCAGCAUCCUCCGAGGGGCCCAACUGCACAUUGAAAUGAUCACUCUUUUGUCUCCUGUUCAGUCUGCCCCCACCCACUACCCUUCUCUGUCACUAUCAUCUGCCAUUCUGCUGGUGGUGCUCCCGCAUUCGUGGUCUUGUUUUCUACUCUUCUGCCUCAACUUUGGUGUCUUCAAUGUCCACUCACAAAAAUCAUCUAAUCUUCUUCCUUCACAGAUUCUUUAUUUACUCAGGUAGAGAUAUCUUUGCUGUUUUUCCAUUAACACCUCUCCUGGCCAUAGUCUCUCCAUUUUUAUUUUAUUUUAGUUUUAAGUAAACUCUACACCCAAUAUGUGCCAGCCAGGCACCCCAAUUUCUCCCACUUUUGGUGUUUAACUUUCUAGCCAUUGCUUCCAACCUGUUCAACUUGCCGUCUUUUUUCUCCACCCCAGAUUACUAUGUGACAUGUGUACUCGAGUGUUUCACCCUCCUACUGUCUUUGCUUCCUUCCAGAUAAGCCUCUGCCAGUUCUCCCUUUCUGCCUGGCAGAGUCCCAAUCCUGAACUAAUUCAGCUGUCUUGUUUCCCCUCUGCUGCUCCUGUCAGGGAGAGCAGUGGUUCUCUAAACACAGGCGCUUUUAUAGACUCCUUGACAACCUCAGCUGGCCUUUGGGUGCAUCCCAGAAGUAUUUAAUGUUCCCCCCAUUGGCCCUUUCUCCCUUUUGCCCAGUAGCUAUUUGAAGGCUUCACUCCUGUCCUCCAGUCCUCUGCUUUCAGCAGAACUUCAUCUCCUGCUUCAUGGAGAAACAGGCCAGAAGAUGGGACGCCCUCAGUGCUCUUCCCACAUUCUUGCAUGUCUUGUCUGUGCUUGACCUUCAUUUCCUCCUUCUCACACCAGUGGAAUGGGAGCCCCUGUCUUCCCACAAAGCUAACUCUCCACCUGUGCUCUGGACCUCUUCCCCUCUGAGGUCCUUGGGGCCUUGCUUCACCUGUCAUUCCGUCUCCACUCUGACUCCUUGACAUUCCUCUGUCCACUGUCUUCUUCAAUGCUGUCACCAAACAUGCUGAAGGCUCUUUGAUCAUAAUCCUCACAGCUGAGUAUUUUUUAAAUGUUUAUUUAUUUAUUUUGAGAAACAGAGACAGAGACAAAGAGACAGAGGGAGAGCACA